AUACUGCAGCCAUACCUCAGGAGGAGCCUUCCAUUUAUUAGUUCACCUGAAUAGCGGAGGUCUCUUUUUUUAGGUUAAAUACGUGUGUUUAGUGGCCUAGAAAGCUAAAGGGCCAUACAAUCACAUCUAAAAUGGGUAACACCAAGAGCGGCAUUGUGUCCAAGGAGAUUCUGGAGGACCUGAAACUCAACACCAAGUUCACAGAGACUGAAAUCACCCAGUGGUAUGAAAACUUCAAGAAGCAGUGUCCAACAGGGCGCAUCUCAAAAGAGGAGUUUGAGCUUAUCUACGGAAAGUUCUUCCCAGAAAGUGAUGCCCAAACAUACGCACAGCAUGUCUUCCGCUCCUUCGACACAAAUGAUGAUGGCACACUGGACUUCAAGGAGUACAUCAUCGCUCUCCACAUGACAUCAACAGGGAAGACCACAAGGAAGUUGGAGUGGGCCUUCUCCCUGUUCGACGUGGACAAGAAUGGAUACAUCACCAAGUCAGAGGUUAAAGAAAUCUGUGCGGCUAUUUUCAAGCUGAUUCCUAAAGAUGAGCUGUCUGCUCUACCUUCGGAUGAAAACACAGCUGAAAAGAGGGCAAACAAACUCUGGACGUUCUUUGACAAGGGUGACACUGAUCGAAUAGCAGAAGGCGAGUUUAUCCAGGGAGUGAUGGAGAAUGAAGACGCUCUUCGUCUGAUUCAGUAUACACCUCUGAAGUAACCUUUUGACAUAUGCAUCGUAACCCUCUCCAUUUCUGUCAUUUCCACUUAACCCUUCACUCAGCUGAUACAACUACACCUGACAGCAUUUUCAUACAAUGUAGACACAUGGCAAGUGAGACGAUAAAAAACCCCAGUGUUCAAUAUUAAAUAACGAUGCAGAAUUUCCUCCAAGGUUUUAAAACAUUUCUUAUACUGCAUACGUGUGCUGUCCAAACAUUUUCUUUAUCAUACAGAAAAUUAAAUAAUGUUAAAGACGACUAGGUCAGUAGGCUACUGUCUUUCUACCAUGAGCUAGAGGGCAAUAAUGAUCAAUACACAUGGCCUAGUUUACACCUUCCGACAAAUAAAGACAAUUCAUAUUUUGCUGAAAUAAGCCUAUUCGUCAAAUUUACAAGAAAGUAGGCACACAGCAUUACAGGAAUUAAGAACAUAUACUGAUGUGUAAUAUAACAUGUCACUUACUUGUGUUAAAGUGGCAAUACAAUGUCAGUAUUUAGCUUACUAUGCCUUUAUCAUAGCACUGAGAUCGGUGUUUCCGUUUCAAAUGAUAAUUUAUAUAACUAUUUCUUGCUUUGGACAGCAAGCUAGCAUUAGCCAGGUUGCUUGCGAUAGCCAUCCUGCUAACAAUGUAUGACAAAGUAGAUUGUGAAACAGCAAUAAUUACGUUGUUUGUAGCUCUAAGGAAGAAAGAAACAGACCCAACAUUGACAACAACAAUUGAACAAAACCCACUUGGAAACAUACGGGGGAAAUAUUUAUCUUCUUCUGCUUUGAGGUAUAUUUACCUUGAACCAUGUUGUUUUUAUCUGGGUCACCAAUGCUGGUUUCUAUUGUCUCUCUUUUUAGCCUGAGAUGUUUUUUUUAAAACCCUGUCCAACAUGUAAGUGCAGCAA